CUAACAACUAUCAUCAAUGAUAGUACACCUCGGGAAAAGCAAUAUUUUAGUCAGCAAUCAGUCUUUGCUCUACCUCAUCCUAAAAACCAUUCUUCUCACAUUCCAAACAUCAGAUAUCGCACUCGCAAAAAGAUGGAGUUGGAGGUGAGAGUCGUCGGAGGAAUCGAGACCUGUUUCGUAUCGUUACCAGUGAGCUUAAUUCAGACUCUCGAGUCCACCACCGCUUCCGGCUACCUUCCUCCCAUUCUAGCCCUCGAACUUCGCUCUCCUCAAAACGCUAACCAACUCUGGCGUGUAGCUUGGUCCGGUGCCGCUUCUUCCCAUCCCUUUCCUAAUUCUAUUCAGAUUGCAAAGCAAUAUGCCGAGUGUAUUGGAUUGUCGGAUCGUACGGUGGUUCGAGUAAUAGCACUAUCUAAUUUGUCUAAAGCUACUAUGGUUACCAUAGAGCCGGAUACUGAAGAUGAUUGGGAAGUUUUGGAACUUAAUGCUGAGCAUGCCGAGCAGGCUAUUUUAAAGCAGGUUGGUAUUGUCCAUGACGCAAUGCGAUUUCCUUUGUGGCUGCAUGGGCAAACAAUUAUCACAUUCAAAGUUUUUUCAAUCUUUCCGCUGACACCGGUAGUACAACUUGUACCAGGAACUGAAGUUGCUGUUGCUCCAAAAAGGCGAAAAAGAAAUAUUAGUUCAGGUGAGGAUUCCAUGAUGCAAGAUGAUAAGAUUUCGGUCUCAAAGGCACUAUUGAGAGUCCAAGAUACUGGUGAUCAAUGUAUUCAUAAAUACGAGGCUGAUGGAGUUGAGAUGAGAGUGGUUUUGACCUCUGCUAUCUUCAUUCAUCCAGAGACAGCCAGUAUAUACUCUUUUGAACCUCUUCAGACUGUGGUAAUAAUUCCCAGAUUGCUUCCCAAAGAGACCAAGAAGAAUCAGGAGACAGAUAGCCGUAGAUUGAAAAAUAGUGCAACUUCAAAGGAAGUGAAAGUAGGGGGUGCACGUGACAAGCACGAUAUCCAUCAAGCAAUGGUUCAUCUAAUAUUUUCAGAAUCAGUGGCGAAAGGACAUAUAAUGCUUCCUCAGUCUCUUCGGCUUUAUUUGAGAGCGGAGUUACACUCAUGUGUUUAUGUGAAGAGAUUCAAUGUCAAAUUGAAGAAAGAGAUUCCUUUAGUUUCGCUUUCACCUUGUGAAUUCAAGAUACUCCCAGAGAAUGGGGUUUCUGAAGAAAAUAAUGCUGAAGUUUUGGGUAACAAAAAGAAUAAUAAAAUAAUAACAACACUUCUCAGAACCAAUUCAGACAUUGAGAUGGGUACUAUUGACUGGUCAACCCAUGAGAAAAUUGCCACAGCCUUUUCUUCUGAAUCUAGCAAGGAAGACAAAGAAACGAGCGUCAAGUCUGAUAUCAAAAAGGGCAUUGCAGCUCUUUUGCGCAGAUGGUGUCUUGCACAACUACAUGCUGUCACGCUGAAGGCUGGAGUGGAAGUUAAAUCAUUGAUUUUAGGAAACACAACUUUGCUUCACUUCAAAGUGAAAGAUGACAGAUCCAUAAAACAUGGUGUCCAAACAAUGAAUGGUGGAGAAGCAGCACUAGAUGUCGUGUAUGUGUUGUCAAUUUCUGAUGAAUCAAUACGUGAUGAAAAGAUUGAUGCAUAUGAAGUUGCAUUUGAUGAAGGAAGCAAGUUAACUACUACUCCCGAAAGCUUAGAACCUUGGCUUGGAAAGCUUCAACUGGGCAAUGGUCUCUCCAUUAGGACUGUCAGGGAGAAAUGCUUUGCUAAAAGCACCAGUCUUACAAUUUCUUCAUUAGACUGGAUGGGAAUGGCUGCAUCUGAUGUGAUCAAUAGGUUGUUAGUUCUGUUAUCUUCAGCGUCUUGGAUGUUGUCCAGUGCUUAUGAUUUUCCGCUGCCAGGACAUAUUCUAAUCCAUGGGCCUUCCGGUUCCGGGAAAACACUAUUAGCUACAGUAGCUGCUAAAUUCGCUGAAGAAAGUGAGGACAUCUUGGCCCAUAUAAUUUUUUUAUCUUGUUCUAAGCUUGCUUUGGAAAAGCCUUCAACCAUUCAUCAAACUUUGCUUAGCUAUGUUGCUGAUGCGUUGGAUCAUGCACCUUCUGUUGUGGUAUUUGAUGAUCUUGAUAGCAUUAUUGCAGCCUCCUCUGAGUCUGAUGCUUCUCAACCUUCUUCCUCAUCAGCAGUGCUUGCAGAAAACUUUGCUGAUAUUAUUGAUGAAUAUGAGGAAAAGCGGAGGAACACGUGUGGGAUUGGCCCAAUUGCAUUUAUUGCUUGCGCACAGUCUCUGACUAAUUUACCACAGGGCUUGACCUCUUCUGGGAGAUUUGACUUUCAUGUUAAAUUGCAUGCACCUGCUACCACAGAGCGUGGUGCCUUGCUAAAACAUAUAAUUCUGAAGCGUUCUUUGCAGUGUUCGGAUGAUAUCUUGCUGGAUAUAGCGUCCAAGUGCGAUGGAUAUGAUGCAUAUGAUCUGGAAAUACUGGUUGAUAGGUCUGUUCAUGCUGCAACUGGCCGCUUUUUUACUAGUGAUUUGGGUGUUGGAAGACAGGAAAAACCUCUUUUACUUAAGGAUGAUUUCCUGCAUGCCAUGCAUGAGUUUGUUCCAGUGGCAAUGCGUGACAUUACUAAACCGGCUGCUGAUGGUGGUCGGUCUGGUUGGGAGGAUGUUGGAGGUCUUAAUGACAUCCGGAAUGCUAUUAUAGAGAUGAUUGAAUUGCCAUCCAAAUUUCCAAAUAUAUUUGCACAAGCUCCUCUAAGGAUGCGGUCCAAUGUUCUGUUGUAUGGCCCCCCUGGUUGUGGCAAAACACACAUUGUUGGUGCUGCAGCUGCUGCAUGCUCACUAAGAUUUAUCUCAGUCAAAGGUCCUGAGCUGCUGAAUAAAUACAUUGGUGCUUCUGAGCAAGCUGUACGAGAUAUAUUCUCAAAAGCAGCUGCAGCAGCACCAUGCCUUCUAUUUUUUGAUGAAUUUGAUUCUAUCGCGCCAAAGAGAGGGCAUGACAACACUGGUGUUACUGAUAGAGUUGUUAAUCAGUUUCUUACUGAAUUGGAUGGUGUUGAAGUGUUAACGGGUGUAUUUGUAUUUGCUGCUACAAGGUUGAAACAGACGCACAGAAAUGCACGGGAUGGAGAGUGCAUCAGUUAGUUUCCAGAUUUAUUGCCAUUGAAGUCUCAAACCGUUAAGGACUAGUCAUUGGGGAAAAAAAAAUUCUUUAGGUCAGAGAUUAAUAGAAUCAAUUUAGAAAUUUUUUUCUGAUACUCUCUACUCUCUAAAAGCUAAUGGUGCCUCACAUAAUAAUAAGGGGAAAAAAAGGCCAGAAACAACUGCUUGAAAGAACUUGGUUAAUAUAUUUAGUUAUUGUCUGUCUGUUGAACAUCUUUGUUGAGGAGAUUAUGAAGAACAAGGGGUCGUAUCAAGCUUAGGUGGUCCAAAAGUGUGUAAUGCUUUAAAGAUCAAGCUAGAGUCUUCCAACUUGGUAUCCCUAUUUACCAUGUUGAGGUUAUCGGUUCUGGGCAAUCUCAUGCGUGUCACUGAAAUGGCAAAAUACACACGGAUAUAUUUGAAUAGGUGUGUACGUGAGUGCUCGAGCACAGGCGAAGACAUCUAAAAUAUUCUAUAGAUCAGCAGCAGCUUUCUCUUUGACUAAAUCCUUUUACUUGACCUAUAGUUAUUUAUCUAAUAAAAUUUGUCUUCCUUUUACUUGUAAAAAGAAACUAAUAACAUCUGUCCUCCUUUUAGUUGUGGAAUAGGUGAUCGGGGGUUGGCAGCGUUAUCUCUGUGGCAUACAAAUUGGCAUGCCUGCACCCCUUGCCUUAUGACUCUUUGAGAGUGAAUACUACAUGCAACUCAUUCUACUUUAGACCAUGGUAUUUGUAUAGACCUAAUGAAAUGCCUGUGAGAAUAUCUCUACUGGAAAGUAAUUUUAGCUCAUGAAUAUUUUCCCUUUUUGACCUAAUGACAUUUAGCUUUAAAGGUACAUCAAGUACCUGUGUCUGAAUGAUGGAAUUGAAUUCAUCACUACAUUGUUAUGUGGUAUUCUUUUAUGGAAUAGUUAACAGCCGGUGAUAAAACUUGUAGCCUAACAUUCCAUACCCCUGUACUGUUAAGGUUGUCUAAUCAUGAUAUACUUCUGCAUUUUACUGAAUACUUGAUCCUUUAUGAAGAACAAGAAUUCAUUAGCCUUCUUUUCUGUGGAAGAAUACCAUGAUGCAAUUUCUCUGAUCAAGUUUGACCUUUCUUGUCUUCAUUUUU